AUCUCUGAGGAAGUGGAGCUCUGACAUAGCCAAAGAUGCAAUUUCUGACUGCUCGGUGACUGCACUGACUCUUGGAGGGCAACAACAGGAUUGGGCACAGACAGCAGGUGGUGGGACAGGAGUGAGGAUCUCUUGGUGACCUGGUCACUUUGUCCUUCAUGUCCCUGACCUGGCAGGAGCCGUUUUAGGACACAGAGGAGCAAGAGGUACCAGGAGGUACCAAGAGGGACCAGGAAGAGCCGCUGAUCUGCACAGACCCCUUUGCCUGCUGCUGCCCCACAGGGAACAGGGAGCUGCUGAGGAGUGUUGUGGUCUAUCCCUGGAUUCUGCAAGCACUGACUGCCCAUCCACUCUGACCACAGCCAGGGGCCACAUCCCACUGCCUGCCCAGCGUCCAUCCAUGGAGGUGACCACCGUGUCCUCAUCUCCUGCCUCACCCACUGAAGGAGAUAAUACAUGUGGAAUUGAUAUCACCGAUGCAGCCAUAGUUGGCAUCAUGCUGUUUAUCUGCCUCUGUGGGCUGGCUGGGAACGGGGCUCUGCUCUGCCUCCUCAGGUUCUGCAGGAACGCCAUCACAGUCUAUAUCUUCCAUUUGGCUGUCGCCGACUUCAUUUUCCUGCUCUUUGUGGCCACCUCCCUCCUGCUCCACCUGCUGGAGGAAGUUUCCUGCUACACUAUUACACUCCGAGAGUACCUGAAGUUGUUUUUCCAGCUCUCGCUGUUCUCUUACACCACGGGGCUGUACCUGCUGACAGCCAUCAGCAUCGAGAGGUGCACAUCCGUCCUCUGCCCGCUCUGGUACCGCUGCCACCGUCCCCGGCACCUAUCAGGGUUCAUGACUGUCCUUCUCUGGGCCCUCCCCUUUGUUACAGUGGUUAUCCUGUGCCUGUCACUGAGGCCGCAGCACUGCCAGGUGACUCUCAUCUCCAUGAAUGCCCUCAACCUCCUGCUCUUUGCUCCAGCCAUGCUCAUUUCCAGCACAAUUCUCUUCAUUAAGGUCAAGUGUGGCUCCCAGCAGCAGCAGCAGCAACCCAAGAGACUUGACAUUGUUAUCUUCCUCACUGUGCUCUUCGUCCUCCCCUUCACUCUCCCACUCAGCGUCUGGAGUUUUCUGCAGCAGUUCGGCUACACCAUGGU